UUUCCCGUCGGACCACAUUCUGUGUGACGCUGCGGUUCGCCGACAGCACAGGAGAGCUGCAAAUUGUUGACAUUUUUUCUCAAGCUUUUUAUGUUGUGUAGCACAGACAGAAAUGGACGACCAGGGGUGUCCGAGAUGCAAAACAACCAAAUACAGAAAUCCGUCGCUGAAGCUGAUGGUGAAUGUCUGCGGUCACACGCUAUGCGAGAACUGCGUGGAGAUGCUGUUUGUGCGCGGCUCGGGUAACUGCGUGCAGUGCGACACGCCCCUGAGGAAGAGCAACUUCCGCGUGCAGCUCUUCGAGGACCCGACUGUAGAUAAGGAGGUGGAGAUUCGCAAAAAGGUGCUGAAGAUAUACAACAAGAGAGAUAGUGACUUCUCUAGUCUGAGAGACUACAAUGACUACCUGGAGCAAGUGGAGGACAUAGUGUAUAACCUGACGAACAACAUCGAUGUGGAGAACACCAAGCUGAGGAUGGAGCAGUACCAGAGGGAGAACAGAGAUAUUAUCCAGAGGAAUAAGGCUAAACUUACACGAGAGCAAGAGGAGCUGGAGGAGCUGCUGUUGCUGGAGCAGCAGGGCAAUGAGCAGCGGAGGUUGGAGGUGCUGCAGGAGGAGCAGAGGCAGCUACAAGCCAAGAGGAAGAACAAGCAGGCUCUUCUGGAUGAACUGGAGCAGUCUCAACUUCCUGCCACCGUCUUGCUUGCACAACACAAGGUCCGUGCUGCCCGGUUGGAGACCGAGAUAGAGCAGCAGAAGCAGGCGGUCAAACCGACAAAUCUGUUUUCAACUGGAAUCCAUAUGCGUCAGACAGUGUCUCUCCAGGCUGUGCCCAAGAUUGAGGAAGUUCUGUACAACUACAAGCCCCUUCAAGUCGAAACCUAUGGACCUCCAGUGCCUGAACUGGAGCAGCUGGGCAGACACGGGUAUCUGAACCACGUGCGGGCUGCCAUGCCGCAGGACACAGCUGGAGGAUACACCUCAGCCUUGGCAUGUCAUCGAGCAAUUCAAGAUGCUUUCAGUGGGCUGUUUCUUCUGUAAGAUUUAACACAUCCACGGCUCAAACAGCACAACGGCCGCUGGUUGGAAAUACGAUGAAAAGGACUAUUAAAAACCACACUGCUAUCACCAUGGAGAGGGCAGAAGCUGCUCUGGUGGACAUUGCUCGGAUAGAUUUUUUGUCAAGGUGUGGAUGUCUUUUUAUAUUUUGUUAAGUUUAUAUUUAAAUAAAUCACAGUGAAUACUGAGAA